CAAGGAUAUCUUUAUAGUUUCAAAUAUGAGGAAAGAGUCUUAUCUUAGAAGAAUUUGUGAUCGUACUGGUGACAUCCACAUGAUUCAAUGAUUAAGCUUUUGGCGUUGCCCAGAAACAGCCGGUGUCCUGAAAAGGAAUGAUAUAAGUAAGCUGUAUCUGGCUGUUUCUGAGGAUGACUGCUUGCGUGCUAUAAGUAAGCUGGAGGUAAUGGGUAGUGGUUUUGAGGUGACUUCCGUUGGAAAGAAAAAGCUUGUCCGCUUUGUUCCUACUGAGUUGAACAAAGACCAUAAUCAAAUUUUGGAGUUGGUCCAGCUCUUUUUGGCUCAAGGUUUUGUAACCGUUGAUGAGGUAGAGAGAUGGCUUUCGUGGACAACUGGUCUUGCCAUUGAUGCACUUGACUCAUUGUUAGCCGAAGGUCUUGCAAUGAUUGAUGAUGGCCGCAGAGAUGGCAGAUGACGGUAUUAGUUCCCCUGUGUGUCUUCAAUCACCUCAUUAGUUGGAGCUGAUACUUAGCAUAAUGUUUCCUCUUUCAAUAAAAUUGUAUUGAAUCAAAAUGUCUUUCGUGGAUACCCAAAAGAUAAAGUGCAAAAAGGUAUCAUAUAUCUCCUUUUCCACUUUUGCUAUCCUACACAGUUAUGAUGUUCAUGGAUAUAUGUUAUGCCUUUAAGCCAUUUUUCCCAUGAGAAUAUUAUGUGCCAUCUUUCAAGGUAAAUGAAAAUAAAAACAGUUGAUAUGGAAAAACAAAUGUGAUUAUGCUUGUUCAUCAACGGUUGAGUUGCAAAUCCUCGGUUUAUGUCAUUGCAGUCCUGUCAACUUUGAGUAUGUGUUGACUGAGGCCAU